AUGUCUUGGUUAAUUAAAAGUAACUCCCCAUACAUUAAGGAAGAUUAGUACUAGCUUAUAAGAACGCAUAAGUAUUAGGGCUAAGAGCUCAGCUACUCGUAUAAUUACUUCUACAGUCCAAUAUGCACGAAGUUACCAAAUCUAGUUUCUCUGAUUGGAUUCUUGUUUAAUCUUGGUCCUCACAUUAUGAUCCCUUUAUUUUUCACCAAUGAUCUUGAAGGAGACUUACCUUCGUGGUUUUGCUACUUCUUAGGAAUUUCAUUCUUCAUAUACAUGGUAUGUGAUAAUACAGAUGGGAAAUAGGCAAGAAGAACUGGGAGCUCUUCUGCAUUAGGUAUGCUAAUUGAUCAUGGAAUGGAUAGCAUCACUGCUUUUGUUUGUAUCUUAAUUAUUCAAACUCUCGUUCAAGUUGGCAAUAAUUAUAGUGCAAUUAUAAGUCUAACUGCUUCAACUCUACCAUUUUACUUUGCCACUAUUGAACAAUACUAUACCGGAGAACUAAUUCUAUAAGUAGUUAAUGGAAUUGAUGACGGAUCAUUUCUAUAUAUAUUCAUAUGCUUUGCAGGAGGCUACUAUGGACCAAAGGAGUUAUUUUUAUCUCAAAUAAACAUUUUUGGGUAUGAAAUCACUUAUAGCUAUUUGCUUAUCUUAACAUUAUCAGGAUCUUCCUACUUCCAAGUAAUUCCAAAAAAUACUCCUCAUUUCAAAAAGACAUUUAGAUGGCCCACAUUUAUCCUUCACAAUUUGUGGAUGAUCAUUCACAUUAUAGUAUUUUUCGCUGCCGCAUACUUUUCACCAGAAAAUAUUUCUGAAACUCACACUAAGAGAGUACAAUAUGCCUUCGGCUUCUAGUUUAUCCUAAUAUGCCUGAGAAUUCAAUACUCUAUAGUGACCAAGGAAGUAUUUAAUCCAUACAGAAGGACUACCAUUCUAACAUGGGGACUUCUAAUAGCUAAUACUAUUUGUGCAAUAGUAACUGGAAAAAGUAUAAUGAAUGAGGCAUUAAUGUAUCUUGGCUUAGCAACUAUUUCAUUCCUAGCCUUGAUACAUUUGGUAAUAUGCGUGAUAAUCGAAUUAAAAGCAAUAUUAGGUGUCAAUCUUCUGACUCUAACUUAGAAACAACUUGAUGCUUAGAAAACUAGCACCAAGAGAGAUUGA